AUGGCACCAACCCCUAAUAUCCGAAGCCUCAUUACCUAUUUAACAAACAAAAUUAAAUGUUGUUCAGCACAUGUGUCUUUCAGCUCUUCUUUUCCCUUGCCUGUGAUCAUUGUGACUAUGCGCUGGUUUGGAAUGAAGCACAAGGGAUGGGUUAGGCAUGCUCAGGUGCCUGCCUUUUGCUUCUCACGGUCAAGUGAUGUGCCUCCCAGGAGCUAUGCCCUUAAUUCCUGGCACGGAUCCAUCCUAACUUCUGAGGUCUUUUCCCUGAAUUGUGUACAGAUUUCCUCGGUGAUCCUCUUCUCUCCAAAUGCUUGCCAUCCUAGAGUGGCCAAACAGUGUGAACUUUGGUUGGGAUUCAUUGGGCGCCUGGAAAUUUGUCUUUGGUGA